CUAUUUGCUUGCUUAUUUACAGUUUCUUAUAAUUGAGCUUUACUGCCACACUGUAAAAAAAGCGGCACGUGAUCGGUUUUCGCUUGUGUCUGUUAUAUUUUCGUAUUUCAUUCUAAAAUUUUGUUUAUAUUUUUUAAUUGCAAUUAAGUGCUAAUUUAAAAUAUUAAAAUUUUCAUAAUUAGAAUUUCUUUUACAUAUAAAUAUUAAUUAAUAAACUAAACCAUGUUCGGACUACUAAAGGAAUUGUUGCCUCGACGUAUAUCCGACAUACUUUGUCUUUUUGUUAUUGUACUUUUCCUGCCAAUUGUGUUCUUGUUUGAAAUGGGUGUUGUUUUGCCUGCUGUACACAUGAAAGGAUCAUUCCUGCAUAAUAUCACAUUUAUGUUAGCAAUGUUUAUUAUGUCCAAUCUCAAAGGAAAUAUGUUGGCUUGCGCGAUGACUGAUACGAGUGUUGAUCAUAAAAAAGUGAUGCCACCGGAAAACGCAGUUACAGAGGCUGGUUGGCACAAUUGUGAUAAAUGUAACAACAUAUCACCACCACGUUCUUGGCAUUGUGAUAUAUGCAAAUGCUGUAUUUUAAAACGAGACCACCAUUGUCCAUUCACGAGCUGUUGUGUAGGUCACAAAAAUCAACGCUAUUUCUUAAUGUUUGUGUGCUACUUGUUUCUUGGUUCACUAUACGCGUUUGCUUAUAACACAUACUAUAUAUGGGUACUGAAAGGAGACGUGUACAGAAAUUGGUAUACUGUUCUUAAGAUGUCAGGUCCUUUUAUGGUGGUUAUAACAGGAUUUUCGCGAAACGAUGUGUAUUUGUUUUUUUAUAGUUUAAAUAUAUUAGCGCUUAUAUAUUCUUUGGCACUACUUAUACAUCAUGGACGUAAUGUAUUGAGUGGCGACGUGUGUUAUAAUAGUGGAUCAAAUAUGUAUGAUGAAGGUUGGAAACAAAAUUUGAAAACUAUAUUUGGUGAAAGAAUGCAUUUAGUGUGGAUUUCUCCUUUAAUAAGUAGUAAAUUGGAACACGACGGCUUACAAUGGAAACCAAAAACAAACUGAUUCUAUAUUAAAUCUUGUGUAUAAUCAUUUUCUAGACUGACUGUAUUUUAUUAAUUAUAAUUGAGAAAAAACUAUUUUGAAUUAUA